AACAUUGACAAUAACACCAUCGAUGGGCCACAAAGUCCAAGGGUCAAGGUUUUCGAUCGGGAACUCAAACGAAAACAGCGUGACCGAGCUGCUUGGUUGAUGAGGCCAAGUGAUCCUUUUGUGGAUGCUGUUGCUGACAAUUUGUUGGAUCGCUUGGAGGAUUGCAAGAAAACAUUUCCUGCAACGUUGUGUCUAGGAGGUUCUUCGGAAGCUGUCAGACGUUUGUUAUGUGGUCGUGGCUCCAUUGAAAAGCUUAUCAUGAUGGACACUUCAAAUGACAUGGUUAAAUUAUGUAAGGAUGCUGAAGCUGCUCAACAAGAUUCAAAUCAGAAUAUUGAAACGUCCUUUGUGAUGGGAGAUGAGGAGUUUCUACCUAUAAAAGAAAGUUCGGUAGAUUUGGUUAUCAGUUGCUUGGGACUCCUUUGGACAUAUGAUGUUCCAGGAGCCAUGAUACAUGUAAACUAGCACUGAAGUCGGAUGGCCUAUUUUUAGCAGCUAUUUCAGGUGGAGAAACUUUGAAGUUGCCUCUUCAUCCUUUUUUAUAUUUUGAUUUAAAGUAAACAGUAUGUUAACCAAUAAAUUUGCCUACUGAUUUUUCUGCUUGCUGACAUGUGUAGGGAGCUGAGAAUACCAUGCACUGUGGUUCAAAUGUAGCGUGAAGGAGGCAUUAGUCCUUGCAUAUCACCUCUGGCACAAUUUGUGAUGCAGGCAAUCUUUUGACCAGGGCAGGCUUCACCCUUCCUGGAGUUGAUGUUGAUGAAUACGUAGUUAGGUCUAGCAGUGCUCUGGAGCUGAUAGAGCAUCCGCGUUCAAUGGGCGAAACAAAUGCUCUUCUGCAAAGGAACAAUGUACUCAAGAGAGAAACAACCCUUUCUACUGCGUCAAUUUAUGAUUCAAUGCAUGAUUAUUUUUUUUUAGAGGUGAUAUCCCUUUUCUUUCCUUAUCUUCUAAUAGGAGACAACAAAAUAUAUCGAUGACUUAUAUGGGUGACGUAAAUUAUCCAUGUAUAUUCUAUUGAAGUAACAAACAGGUUUAAGUAGUGAUACACUUAUAUUAUUUGCGAUGGAUUUUUCAUUUAGGAUGUUGAAAUGGUCUUCUAAUGAUAGGAAUUUCUUCCAUAUUUCUUCUCU